GCCGCCAGCCAGGGCCGCGCUCAGCAGCGAUGGCCGUCAGAAGUGCGAGGCCGGCUACGUCAUCAAGUCCAGCGGCCGCGCCUGCUGUGAGUACGCAGGCGUCAUCGGGGCGCCGCGGGGGUGCUCCCCCGGCUUCUUCACACUCGAUGACAUCAGCGUGGACGGAUCUGUAGGGUUCACCUGCGAGCAAUGCGGCGCCGGCCACUACUGCCCCGGCGCCAAGUCGCUGGCAACGUCCAACUUGGUGCGCGUGACGUGCGGCAGCUUCAAGACGACUUCCCAUGACUACGGCAAGUCGGAGCUCGACUGCUUGAUAGGCCCUGGGUACGGCUGGGCGGCUGGCGACGGCUCCCAGCCAUGCCCCCAGGGCUUCUACAACCCGGGCUACAACACCAGGCUGUGCACGCGCUGCCCUGGGGGCCUGACCACCGCCGCGGCGGGCACCAGCUCGCUGCUGAGUUGCCUGGCACCCGUGGGAAGCUAUUACUUCCGGGGCCAGGCCUAUGCGUGUGCGCGGGGGACGUACAAGGCGACCAUUGCCAACGCGGACUGCACCGAGUGCCCGCUGGGGGUGACCACCCCGUCCACCGGCCACGGCAGCCUUAGCAGCUGCAGCGUGCUUCUGCCCGGCUACGCCAUGGCAGGCGGCGCGACACUCGGCACCACUGACGGCGUUGAGUGCCCCCCAAACACGUACCGCGCCGGCAGCGUCAACAUCACUGGCGCUCCAAUUCCAUGCACGCCCUGCGGCAACAACAUGGUCACCCUGCCGAACACGACACGUGCCACAGGCCCCGAGGCGUGCGUCGCGCCGCCAGGCUACGGCUGGUCGCCGGGGGCCAGCGGGACCGCGGGCAUCGCGACGCUCUGCCCGCGGGGGUGGUACAACCCGGGGUACAACCUUGAGCCGUGCGUCGCGUGCGGCAAUGGCAGCAUGUCUACUGACGCCCCAGGGUCGACGAGCCCAGAUGAUUGCUACACGCCGGCCGGCCACGGGAACCGCCGGGACCCUGGGGGCAUGCUGUUUGGGUACCCGUGCCCAAACAACACGUACGGCCGCGCCAACAACACGUACGGGCUGGUGACAGUGGAGUGCACGCGCUGCCUGGACUACACACACACGGCCGGGGCGGGGUCGACGAGCGCGUUUCAGUGCGUCACCGACGUCGGUUACGGGUGGGAGAACGGCCUGGUCGCUCAGUGUGACUACGGCUACUACAACCCCGGCAACAAUCACAACCCCUGCUCCUACUGCGGGGACGGGUACAACACGAGCAGCGCGGCUGUUUCGAUCUCCGGAGAGGUGGGGUCGGACUCUCAAUCCGACUGCAAGUUUGAUUUCGGGUACCACAACGGCACCUCCAACAACAUCGAGCCGUGCCUGCGCGGCACCUACAAGGACUUGAUCGGCAACACGCACUGCACCAUGUGCCCUGCGGGCACGUCGACGUCGCUGACCCUUGCGGCGAUCUCAAAGGCCGACUGGUGGGCGCUGGGGGGUUGA